CCGAUAUUAAGAACCAAUGUUUAUUUCCAUCUAGUUGCCCUUUGUGCCUGUGUUUCAUGAGAUUGUUCAUGCUUUGUUUUUGUUUGUUUUUGGAUCAUGUGACAUUGACAGAAAUGCAUCACAGCCAAAAUUGUGGUUUUCUUUAAUGAAACAGAGAUGCAAAGUCAGUCUAGACUAUAUCCCACAUUCACAAAUUCAGUUAGAAUAGUUUUCAGUUGGUACAAAAACUGUGUAAAAGUCGCAGAAACGUAAAUGUCUAUGUACAUUGGUAAAUAUCGGUUAUCAGACAUAACAGCAAUAUUAUCAGAUAUCAAUAUCGGCCUAAAUUUUCAUAUUGGUGCAUCCCUAAUUAAUCAUUAUGUUUUUCAAAUAAUUUUAACAUUUCUGCGGGUUUCCACACAUUUUCAUGUUUAAAUGGAGUUUGUAAUUGCCGAAAACAAAACAUAAUUAUAUUUCAGCAUGUUAUUUUGAGCACAAAUUCAGGAAAACUCUCUAGGCUUUUAAAAAGGACCAUUGUUAUUAUUGAGCAUAUUAAUGGAAAAUUCAUUGGAAGGAAAAGGUUUGGCAGAAAAAAGAUGAAACAGGAAUGAUUGUAGCUUUACGAAGAACCUCAGCUGGGCUAAAGGGGGUAAAAACGAGACCAUUGCUCAGUAAUGGGAAGUCUUGUUUUAAAAAGAAAAUAAACUGAGUUUCUUCGGGAAAAUCAAUGAAACACAAAGUCUGAAUAUUUAGGAAGCCAUAUCAAAUGCUGGUCUUGGUCAACUGUGCUUUAUUAUGUACCAGCUGUAAAUAAUCUAUAAACUAUUGUCUGGGGAAGACGAAAGACAUCACGGCAAGCAAUGUAGAUACGCUGAAAGUUGCUAUAAAAGCAACCUUUGCUCCUUUAACUCCUCAGCAGACCCGUAGGCUGAAUGCAGGAAUGCAACUUUAUUAUUGCUUCUUGCUGUUAUAAGCAAGACGCAAUAAUCAUAAUAAUCUGCAACAACGGUUAAAACAUAUAUUACCCUUACAUUACCCUCAAAUUUUGAAUUGACUCACUGAAAUAAGCUGUGUGAUUACAUUGAAGUUUAUGUGUUUUUCUUAAUCUGCCGUUUAAUCAGUAUCAAAAUGUUGAUAGUUUUUGUUUGGGUGGUCUGUGGGUGCAAUUACGUUGCGACUAGGGGAAAAAGAAAGGGUGGUAUUUACAUGACGAGGAGGAAAGACCUCUAAGGUUGCCUACGCUCUCAACCUCAACGCAUUGUCACCCACUGUAACAACUGAGAGUGGGAUUUCCUUGUAUGUGUUGUUAUGCAUAAUGAGGUGACGACACCUCCCACACACUUUCUAAGUGACACAAGCAGAAGUGUUUGUUUUUUUUGUUUCAACUGUAAAAGUUCCCUAGAUUUUCAAAAGCAUUUUCAAACUUCUCUUAAAUGUCUAAUUUCCAUAACUGUCUUGUUGGUUUAUGAUAACAAACAUAGUUCUGCUUCCUUAAAUAGCAGCUUUCACUUUCAUCAAAGUGGGUUCGAGUGGAGGAUUUGCAGGGAAAUUUCUUAACCGACUAGGGGGGGGGUUUCCAUUACAACGGAGGUGGAGUUACACCGAGGGGUUUGAUCUGUCAGAGAGGGCUUGUUGCCAGAAGCAGUACAAGAAACAAUCCCACUGUGCUGAAAGGGGCUUGUACAGUUGAGUAGGUACAUCAGCAGCCUCUGAAACGGUAGAUCUUCACUCCUGAAUCCACUCUGCCGUCAAACAAGAAUGAAGUUUGUUGAACUGGGAGACGCCGUAAGCCGCUUCAGGUUUGCCCAGUCCUGUUUGGGACUAGCAGGUUGCCUGUGUGUGUGCUACUCUGUCUGUACGCCCUACUGGCUGAACAGCAAAGGACUGUGGACAACGUGGAACAACAGCAGCAGUGACCAGGACAGUUAUAAACAUGAUGUUACCUUUAAUGCAUUAGAAGCAGAGAGAGUGUUUGGAGUCAUUUCAUUCCUGCUAGCUGUGAGCACUGCAGCUCUCUGUCUGGUCUUCGCCCUCUGCUGGACAUCUGAGACGGUGCGCUCCUACUCCAACACCCGCUCUCUCCUCAUGGUAGGGCAGGCUCUCUACCCCACCACCUUGCUGCUUUUCACCAUGGCCUCCACAGGUUUCUUCUUCCUCCUGACCUGGUCUUUCUUCACCUCUCAGCACCGGGAGGAAAUCCGUCAAGACUUCUCCAGCCUCGGCUCUUCCUACUGGCUGGGGGCUUUAGGUUGGAUCCUUCUGCUAGUGGUGGAGGCAGUAGUCUUUAUCGCAGAGCAAGCUGCUGUUCCGGACAUCAUUCCGGACUUAGAGAAGGCUGUGGAGUCAUGGCGGAUUUCUCCUCAACUUGAGGCUGCUAAAAGGACUUUGAGUGAGGGUUAUAAACCAGUUGGCUCCAAAAGCAACGAUCCCAAGAGGUACACGUCAGAGCCAUGAAUGGACUUCAUAAAUAGAAAUGUGAUAUCAAUUUUGGUGGAAAACUCUGAACCCUGUAAAACAGCUAGAUUGAGACCUGUCACCUGCAGGCUAUAUUCAGUAUGGACUGAAAUAAAAUCCAAUACACUAAUUAAAUACAGUUCGAACUGACAGAAACGUCACACCACAUGUUAGACUGCAAGAUUGUGAAGAUCUGACGUACUGCCUGGAGCAGAUCCAGAUAUGUGUGGGCUUCCAGUCGAAAAAAAGAAAGUAAAAUGUAAUCAAAACACUGUCUUAAAACUUCAGUCUGUGCUGCUGGCUGAAGCUAUCCGUCUCUGCUACAAUGUACUUGAACAUUAGAAUAACGCAGUGUUGUUCAAAGGUGUGACACUUUAUUUUAAAUAAGCACUUUUAAUCUCAUGCAAAACAUGAUGAGUUUUUGUUAUUGUAAGCCAAACAAGCUUUUUAAAAAAAAAAAAAAAAUGG